AUGGAAGUUGUAAAGGACAUGCCUGAUGACAAAUUAAAGCAAUUUAUUCCGAAAAUGGGGGACCGUAUGGCCUUGAUUCGAUUUUGCAAAUCCACCUUUGCUUCACGAAAUGGAGUAAGUUUGAUCGAGAGGAUUAAACUCAGUCAAAGCAAGUCUUGCGGUGUCGAUCUGCAAUUAUGUCAAUCGUCUACAAAAAAAAAGCAAGUGGCGGUACCGAAUCUGAAAGCCACUAGAACGGUUAACAUCGGCUGGAUACUAAAUGGCAAACCUGUGAGAGAAAAAAACGGAGGUGGCAGAAGAUCUUGUUCCUUGUCGAAAGAGGCCAAGAAAAAGGACAUAUUAGAAAAAGCGAUAGAAUUUUAUUUUCCAAAUGGCGUGUCAGUAAGCGGAUUAAAGUUAGAAGAUACAGAUUAUGAUUUGUUGGAUUUCAAAGAGCAUGUUCUAGAAGAUGACGAUACAAUUACUGUCGGACAAAUGUAUGCCAUAACAGGAUUAAAUUUGUUAAGAUUCUAUCUUUCAACUAAUAUCAAGGAAGAUAUUGAUUGGUCUCCAGGAAAUGCAAUGAAAAAACUGAAAAAAAAUCCAAAGAAAAAGAGUCCCAAAAGAAGAAAAUACCCGGAAAGAAAUAUGCCAAAAAAUAAAAAUGAUUUAAACCAAAAUGAACUAGAAUACGGAUUUGAUAAGAAAAACAACGAUUUUGAAGAUACUGAAAAAUUAAGUAUGACGAAAGGUCUAGAAAUUGAAUCAGAGAAAAAUCCCGACGAAGAAACAAAUCAAGAUUUUGUAAUAACACAAACAAAUGUUGGAGAAAAUCGUGAACUUGAGAGAUUUUAUGACUUGGAAAAUGAUCUCGACGAACUUGAAGAGUUUUUAAUAAUACAUAGAGGAAAAAACAAAGAUGAUUUUGUUCGAGAGGAAAACCCUUCCAAUAAUAUAAAUACAGAAGAUGUGUACGUCCUUCCUAACUUUGAAGAUCUGUGUGGUUUAGAUGGUGAAGAUUUCCAACAACCAUCUGUACCAGAGUCUGUCAGUUUGACAUCAGUAGGUUCCUCAUCCACAGUUUCUUCAAUCACUACUGUUGUGGUGCAUCGUGGACAAAUAUUCAAGGAACUAACCACCUAUUUUAUUGACAUAAAAAAUGUAGAUAAUUUAAGAAUUGAAGUAGAGAUUAUAGGGACAAAUGGCAUCAAGGAACUAGCGCUCGAUGGAGGAGGUGUUUUGAAAGAUGCACUCUCCGAGUACUGGAGUUUCUUCUAUGAAUCAUUGUGUGAAGGAGCUACUUUAAAAGUACCUGAAAUAAACUAUAUGUACACAGAGGAAAAAUGGAAGGCAAUAGCUAAAAUUCUUUUAAUUGGCUUUCGCCAGACACAGUAUUUCCCUAUUCGAUUACCAAAGCCAUUUAUGGAGUAUGCCUUUAUUGGUAAAGAAGUAUCUGACAUAAAAGAGGCACUUCUCAGCUUUGUUUCAGAAGUCGAUGCCGAUAUUAUCAAAAUGGCUCUCACGGAUUUUGAUAAAACAGAUACAGAAGAAUUAAGUGAAGUUUUAUCAAACUUGGAAUGUAAACACAUCAUAAAAAAGGAAAAUAUACAGUCUGUAAUCAAACAUCUAGCACACACUUACAUUCUACAAAAACCGAUGUUUAUUUUGGAUUGCUUCAGAAUAGUGCUGAAAAACAAGAUGACAUUUGAAGAUAUAAAAAAAGUAUAUGAAGAGUGCGAGGUUACCAAUAGAAGAGUAUUGGGAUUAUUAGUAUGUUAUGACGCUGACAUGCAUAAAGAGAAAGAAAUGGUAUUCGCCUAUUUGAAAAAAUUCGUACGCGAAUGCAACAAAGAUUAUUUGGAAAGAUUUUUGAGAUUUUGUACAGGUGCAGAUCUAAUCACUUGCAGUCAUAUCACCAUCGAAUUUAGCAUUUUAACCGGGAUUGAAAGAAGGCCAAUUGGUCAUACAUGUAAUAAUAUAUUAGAACUGCCCUUAUCGUAUGCAAAAGAAAACUUUAGAGUUUUCAAGUCAGAAUUGAACAACGUUCUAAAAUCGAACGUCUGGUGUAUGGACAUUGUCUAA